AUGUUGUCCGCUCCCGUCUUCAGAUCGGCCAGCUCGUCGCUGGCUAAGCGCCCUUCGCUCGCCUCUUCGGCUCUCAGAGUCAACAGGAUGUCCGUUCGCGGCCUUGCCAUGCCCGUCACCAAUGCACCCACCUCGACCUACAACAAGCACAAGGGUUCCGACGGCAAGUACACCGUCACCUUGAUCCCUGGCGACGGUAUCGGUCCCGAAGUCUCUGAAGCCGUCAAGGAGAUCUACCGUGCCGCUCAUGUCCCUAUCAAGUGGGAGGAGGUUUCCGUCGCUCCCUUCAUCAAGGAUGGCAAGCAGACCAUUCCCGAAGAAUCGAUCGUCUCGAUCAAGAAGAACACCGUCGCUCUCAAAGGUCCUCUUGCUACGCCUAUCGGCAAGGGACACGUUUCGCUCAACUUGACCCUCCGACGCACCUUCCACCUUUUCGCCAACGUUCGACCAUGCAAGUCGAUCCAAGGCUUCAAGACUGCCUACGACAACGUCGACACUGUCCUCAUCCGUGAGAACACCGAGGGCGAAUACUCUGGUAUCGAGCACGAGAUUGUUGAUGGUGUUGUUCAGUCGAUCAAGCUGAUCACUUACCAGGCUUCCGAACGUGUCGCACGUUACGCUUUCCACCACGCCGAGCAGAACGGUCGUAACAAGGUCACUGCUGUUCACAAGGCUCCCAUCAUGCGCAUGUCCGAUGGCAUGUUCCUUCACGCUUGCCGACAGGUCGCAAAGGAGUACCCCCACAUAGCUUACGACGAGGACCUUCUCGACCGUGCCUGCCUUCGCAUCGUUCAGAACCCCGCCCCUUACGCUGACCGUGUCAUGGUCAUGCCCAACUUGUACGGUGAUAUUCUUUCCGACAUGUGCGCCGGUCUCAUCGGUGGUCUCGGUCUCACUCCUUCCGGCAACAUCGGUAAGGACGCUUCGAUCUUUGAGGCCGUUCACGGCUCCGCUCCUGACAUCGCUGGUUUGGACAAGGCCAACCCUACCGCUCUCCUGCUUUCGUCGAUCAUGAUGCUCCGACACAUGAGCCUCUUUGACAAGGCUGAUCGUAUCGAGAAAGCUAUCUUCAAGACUAUUGCUUCUGGUGAGAGGACCGGUGAUCUGGGUGGUAAGCUCGGAACUCGUGCUUUCACCGAGAAGAUCAUCUCUCGUUUGUAA